ACGCGUGUAUCUAGAAAGCGAAAGGAAUGGCCGAUACCGGCGAUGCACCCUCGGUGAAGAAACCAAAGAUCGCCAUCAGAGAGGGAUGUUUAUUGGGGUAUGGAAACCCAUUAUUGGACAUAUCCGUACAGGGAAAUACAGAAUUCCUGGAAAAGUAUGAUUUGAAAGCUGACAAUGCCAUCCUAGCUGAGGAUAAGCACAAGGGCAUGUACGAUGACAUGACUGAGACAUUUGAUGUAGAGUAUGUGCCAGGGGGAGCCACACUCAACUCCAUCAGAAUCGCUCAGUGGCUUUGUGGAGAACCAAAUGCUACAACAUACUUUGGCUGUAUAAAUGAGGACAAGUACGGCAAGAUUUUGUGUGAAAAGGCAAAGAAUGACAACGUCAAUUUUGUAUAUCAGAAAACAGAUAAGGAGCCAACUGGCACAUGUGCCGUCAUCGUUACGGGCACCAGCAGAUCUCUGUGUGCUAAUCUGGCUGCUGCAAACUGUUUCACAGAGGAACAUCUGGAUGUUGAGGAGAACUGGAAUCUUGUGGAGAAGGCCAAAUACUAUUAUAUCUCUGGUUUCCCUCUCACGGUUUGUCCUUCGGCCAUUCUAAGAAUCGCGAAACACUCCGGAGAAAAGGGCAAGACGUUCACUACAAAUUUAUCAGCACCAUUCCUCUGCCAGUUUUUUAAAGAUCCCAUGAUGCAAGUCAUGCCCUAUGUGGACAUUCUGUUUGGCAAUGAAACGGAAGCUGACACUUUUGCUAAAGAACAUGAUUUUGGGACAACAGACAGGAAAGAAAUUGCAAAGAAAAUUGCAGCCUUACCUAAAGAUAACAAGGAUAAACCUAGAACAGUGGUCAUCACUCAGGGAGCUGACCCUGUCAUUGUGGUCAAGGACGGUGAAGUGACAGAAUAUCCGGUCAUUCCCAUCAAACCUAAGGACAUCCUGGACACCAAUGGAGCAGGAGAUGCCUUUGUAGGAGGUUACCUUGCUCAGUUAGUGAAAGGUGAAAGUGAGGCUAAAUGUGUGAAGUGUGGAAACUAUGCAGCAAACCUUGUUAUCCAGCGAUCUGGCUGUACGUUCCCGGAUGUGCCAGAUUUUGAAUGAUUUUUGACAAUGAACAAUGUAUGAAUGAAUGUAUUACCUCAUCACAGAAGUCAAUAGGGAAAUUCUAUACAUACAUAAGACAGAAGGUUAGCCUUAUGGAGAAUUAUAUAUCCCAGGAUAAACAGCUAUUAUCACAUUAUUUAACUUAUCAACAUCACAGCAGACGACAGAAUUCUCAGGAUGGUUUAAUACUCAAUGGGGAUUUUUUUCGUCUUGUUCCAUAAAUAUUUAUUUAUGACUGAAACUUGUCAGCACAAAUCCAUGAAAUAGUGCAAGCACCUGGACCAUCAUAUUUACAAAUUCAGUCAAUAAUUUGUAAAAGUAUUGGUGUUUGUGCGUAUAGACCAGCAUGCUCAUUCAUUGUGUAAGUGUUUUCAUAUCAGUGAACUUCAUUAUAUUUCUGACCGUUAUAGAUAAGUAUUAAGGAAGAAAAAUGCCCAAAGCAGAUCAUCCAACCAGGAAGAGGUUGCCCAAAGCAGAUCACCAAAUCAGUGUUAAGUCAUUUAUUGAAAAAUCUCUGUGAAAGAUUAUCUACAGACACAUUUACACAUUGGAAAUGUUUGUUGUUAAAAGUUGUCUGUGUAAUUUAAAUCAAAUAA